AUGGGUGUCUUUGAAGCUGGCUUCCUCCCUGGCUGCAUUUACAUCUUGUCAAUGUUCUACAAACGCCAUGAGCUUCAAACACGGUUUCCCACCUAUUGCUCGUCCUCGAUUAUUGCCGGAGCAUUCAGCGGACUUUUGGCCUUUGCUAUCGCACACAUGGACGGCGUUGCUGGCUAUUCUGCUUGGCGUUGGAUCUUCAUCAUUGAAGGGGCUGCUACAGUGGUCAUUGCAGUGGCUUCUUUCUGGUUGAUUCCCGAUUGGCCCGAAACCGCUAAAUUUUUGAACUCUGAAGAGCGCAAAUUGCUCUUGCAGCGGCUUCAGUUAGACCGCUCGGGGACGACUAUGAACAAACUCAGCAAGAAGGCGGCUGUACGGAUAUUCAGUGAUGUUAAGAUCUAUCUCGGAAUCGGCAUGUAUUUGGGAAUAGUGACGACAACCUACGCCGGGUCAUUCUUUAUCCCCACAAUUUUAAGGCAAUUAGGCUGGACCGCAAUACGAGCGCAGGUUAUGUCGAUUCCUGUAUUUAUCUUCGCCAUGAUCUGUACACUCUGUGCGGCUGUCAUCAGCGACAAGGUCAAACACCGCUUCGGAUUUAUUCUGGGAGGAUGUUGCGUCACUACCAUCGGAUACAUCAUACUCCUCAACAUGAUGUCCGUGGCGGCUGGGGUGAGAUACUUCGCCGUCUUUCUGUAUCUCGCUGGCGGCUUCAUAGCGCACCCCAUGGUUGUCAUUUGGCUAAGCAACAACGUGUCUGGCCAUUACAAGAGUGGAAUCAGUGCGGCUAUGCAGGUCGGGUUUGGCAAUUUAUCCGGGAUUAUUGCAUCAAAUAUCUAUCUUACUGACCAGGCACCAACCUAUAAAGUGGGCUCUGGACUGGGUCUUGGCAUUGUUUGGUUCUGCGCGGCUUGUGCUGUCGUGUUUUUGGUCAUUCUGCGUCGGGAGAACCGCAUCAGGGACGCCGGUGGGCGCGAUGACAGAUAUAAUCGGUCAAAGGGGGAACUGGAGAAUCUUGGUGAUGAUCAUCCUGCUUUUCGGUUUACCUAUUAG